UCUACUCUUUCUAUUCGUCUUCCUUCCAUAACUUACUGAUCAGGCGAUCCAUCAUGAACGCUCUCGCCGCCACCAACCGGAAUUUCCGUCAUGCGGCUCGGAUUCUUGGGUUGGAUUCCAAGCUCGAAAAGAGUCUUCUCAUCCCAUUUCGUGAGAUCAAGGUUGAGUGCACUAUCCCCAAAGACGAUGGAAGUCUGGUGUCGUACGUCGGAUUCAGAGUUCAACAUGAUAAUGCUCGUGGACCCAUGAAAGGAGGGAUCCGUUACCAUCCUGAGGUUGAUCUUGACGAAGUUAAUGCUUUAGCUCAAUUGAUGACAUGGAAAACUGCUGUAGCUAAUCUCCCAUAUGGUGGAGCUAAGGGAGGAAUCGGAUGUUCACCUAAGGAAUUGAGUAGGAGCGAGCUUGAACGUCUCACCCGGGUUUUCACUCAAAAGAUUCAUGAUCUCAUCGGUGUCAAUGUCGAUGUUCCAGCACCUGAUAUGGGAACUAACUCACAGACAAUGGCGUGGAUUUUGGAUGAAUACUCAAAGUUUCAUGGACAUUCACCAGGUGUUGUCACAGGAAAACCAAUAGAUCUUGGUGGAUCUCUUGGUAGAGAGGCUGCAACCGGACGAGGUGUAGUCUUUGCAACUGAGGCCUUACUCAAUGAACAUGGAAAGUCUAUAAAUGGCUUGACUUUCGCUAUUCAGGGCUUUGGGAAUGUUGGGUCUUGGGUUGCAAAGCUGGUCCAUGAGAGAGGAGGGAAAGUGGUUGCAGUCAGUGACAUAACUGGUGCGUUGAAGAAUCCAAAUGGACUUGAUAUAGAUGCUUUGAUUGAACAUAAAGAGACAACUGGUGUUUUAAACAACUUUAAUGGAGGGGUUGCCAUUGAUCCGAACGAGAUACUUGUCCAUGAAUGUGAUGUCUUAAUCCCAUGUGCCUUGGGAGGUGUUUUGAACAAGGAGAAUGCUAACAGUGUAUUGGCUAAAUUCAUCAUUGAAGCAGCAAACCACCCUACUGAUCCAGAAGCAGACGAGAUUCUGUCGAAGAAAGGAGUUGUGAUACUUCCUGACAUAUAUGCAAAUGCUGGAGGCGUUACAGUCAGCUACUUUGAAUGGGUUCAGAACAUUCAAGGGUUUAUGUGGGAUGAAGAGAAAGUGAACCGCCAGCUUCAUAAUUAUAUGAUCAAAGCUUUCGGCAACAUCAAGAACAUGUGUCAGACUCACAACUGUAACCUCCGAAUGGGCGCCUUCACCCUCGGAGUUGAUCGUGUCGCACGUGCCACCACUCUUAGGGGAUGGGAAGCAUGAAGAACUAACUACUAGUCUACUAUUAUCAAUUUGUUUCUUUCCUUCUUUAUAGAUUGAAAUCUGUAUAACAUUUGGUGAUGAAUCAAAUUUAUCUGAAAUAAUAUUAUUAUUAUUCUGUUUUGUUCAA